UGUCUUUCCACUCACCUUUCCAUCCUUUGUUUAUGGAUUCUCAUCAGCCAGGAGCGGACCGGAUUGGCAAAUCGCCUUGGAUUUACGAAGCCAACAUCCUCAAACUGAACCUCGUGCUCGGGAUGGACGACGAACUAGCCUCGUUGAUCUUGGGCGGCUCUGACCCAGUCGGUGGUGACGCGACAGAACAACAAGCCCAGAGUCAAGAGUUGGUGCAGGAGAUGGAGGUCGUCAACAAUGAAGUCUCAAACACUGUCUCCGAUAAUUCCAACACUGCCGUCGCCGUCGCUCCGCUCCACAGCGGUAAUGUCGCUUCUGCCACGAACGCUCCACCAGGCGCCGAGAGUGACCACGACACAAAAACUACAUUCGCCAUCAGCCAAAUUCCCACCGACAUCCGCAAACGCAGCACCUUUGCAAAAACCUACUUCGAGUUUCCUCUCACCCUCGACGCGCACAAGACCUUCUUGAAAGAGUUCCAAGACCGCUGGGACUUGGGCUGCUUGAGACACGACUACUUUUCCGCCACUCGUAAAAUCGCCAUCAGAAUGGGAACUGUCCUCCACACCAUCUUCGCCUGGAACGUGGGUGACCAUGUCGCCAACGACCUGCGUGUCCGCAAAUACCAUCCCGAGAUCCUCAUCGCCGACUUCGCCGCCCAAAUCAAGCAGCGCACCGACUCGUCCGUCGACUUUGCCGACAACGGCAGCUGGUGCUCUCCCGAUGUGGCCUUUGCCCACGUCGACGCUUACUACCCCGGUGUUGUCUUUGAGGUGAGCUACGCCGAGCAGAAGAUGCCGUUGGAGGAAAUUGCACAGACGUACAUCCAGGGGUCAGACGGAGAGAUUCAAGUUGUCGUCGCGUUCGAAAUCGAGUAUCCUGCCGCGAAGCAGGCCAAGAUGUACAUGUGGAAGAAGAAGGAGGCUCUGGUUGGUGAGAUCCAGGCUGAGUUGGUUCUUGAGGAGGAGUUCCAGAAGGCAGACGGCUCGGUGAACAAGGAUAGCAAGGGUAUCUACCUCAGCCUGCGCGACUUCUGCCCCGCCCGCAUGGUCCCAGAGGACGUGAAGCCACUCCUCAACGCGCCCACCUACCUCGGCCACGACACCGGCAUCCACAUCCCGGCGUCCGAGCUCUGCUUCUUCCUCGACAUGGCGGUCAGGAACCAUCAUCUGGCCGAGGCCGCCUUGCAACGAGAGGCAUAG